AUGAAGGGUUUUAUAUUUGUGAUAUUGUGCGCCAUAGCUGUGGUUAAGGGACGGAGUUUUUCAGCUCAAGACGAGGCAGUAAGCGUACCAUGGCUGGUCCACCUCCGUCUUGCACGUUUUUCCGGGAAUGGUCGUCUGGAUUCUUGCGUAGGAACCAUAUACAAUAACAGAUACGUUCUCACUGCUGCUAGCUGCUUGACCGAGUUUACUCAAGGUUCCAGUACCGACACCCGCUACUUCUGGAUCCGCUAUGACGCGCAGAACGUGUUCCGGCCAGGCUUUGUGACUGAGACCAGCAAAGUUAAGAUUCAUCCUGACUACAAUCCUCGCACUGGAGAGAACAAUAUCGGUUUAGUCGAUCUCGACAGGGAAAUCCAGUUCACAGACAAAAUCCAGCCCCUAGCUGUAGCAUCGAGUGAUGUGGCAUUACCAGAAUCUGGUAAAGUUUGCGGUUACGGCGAGAAAGACGGAAAUCCUGGUGAAGACCUACAGUGCGUGGACGCACGCGUUUAUAAAUACGACGGACUUAUUGCCGCCUUCAGCGAUGGAAAAGCAACAAAGUACGACAUCGGAGCUGCUUUGGUAGCAGACAACAAGGUACACGGAAUUCUGAUCCGUGAGGCUGACGAGAUCUUUGCUGGAACUUUCCUCCCAACAUCCCAGUACAUCAAAUGGCUAGAAGAGGCUACGUCACCUAGUGAUCCCAAAGCUGAUGACGGCUCCUUUGAUGAUGCAGAGGAGAUCCUCGUUGUAGAGCCCGUCAAUAUCGGUUCACCCGACUUGUUCGUAGGAGAUUUCUAA